AUGUCUACUUGCGGUGCAUCGCCCCCUCCGAGCAGGAUGGAUAGGUUCUGCCAGCUCCCUCCGGAGCUCCGCGCCGCAGUCGUUGAGCAUGUCGUCGACCACUGGCGGCACGGCGAUGAUUCCGACUCCAUCGCCGAUUACGCCCUGGUCUGCAAGGAGUGGCAGGCCAUCAUUGAGCGUUUCAACUUUGCCGUCCUCCGAGUCACCCAGGCCAGCCUGGACGACUUCGAGACCGCCAUGGUGGGCUCGAGGCGGGGUAUCGUGAAGCAGAUCAACCUGCACGUCGAGCUGCCGGCGUACGACAAUGAUCCCUGCGAAAAGAAGGAGACCUGGGAGGACAAGGCCGAGAACAACGCCUGCUUCACUAGUGCCUUUUACCGCCUCUUCCGCAUCAUGAGCUGCUGGUCCGUCGACGAGGCCGUCAGCGGAGGCAUCGAUUUCAGCCUGAGCAUCUCAUCGCCCAGCGACCUCCGCAACGCAACCUUUGAGCUGUGGCAGCGCCGCAGAUGGAACAUCAAAGACAUCGGCGAGAAGCGCUUUGCGGAUUCCUGGAUAGACUUUGUCGGCCAGGACGAGGAGUUUGACAGGGUCAACCGCCUGCCUCCCGUCAAGGUAAUCCGGUCCUUCACCGUGAGCCCUCAGAACCAUCGGGCUCUCAUGCCCGCCGCUCACGCCGACAUCGUCGCGAGACUGCCGGCGCUGCAAGAAGCCUGCUUCGACAUCACCAAGGACCGCAAGAAGGAGACGCGCAAAAUCCACUUCAACCGUGCGUCACCCAUCUCACCUUUGAAAAGUGUGCCACGGCUGACCCUCACAGAAUUCGCCGGCUCCAUGAGCAACUGGCCCAUCACGCUCAAAUCGCUCACCAUGGCCAGUAACACCAUCUCGUCGUGGCGCCAGAUCCCCCACGAGGCCCUGGCCGAAGGAGACAGCGGCGCCAAGCUCUGUGACAAGCUCCGCUCCGCCGCCCAGCACCUCAGGCACUUGAACAUCACCAACGUCGUGCGCAUACGCGAGUUCCUCCGCCCCUACUGGCCCCUGGGCAUGGACGACACGGAGCCCUUCCUGGCCCACCGCCCCUACUAUCCCGAGUUCUGGCACCUCGAGACGCUGCACAUCUCGUACGGCUCCAUCUGGUACAACACGGAGUGGCACAAGCAGGGCGACAACAUCAACGAGUCGUCCGAGCUCGUCGAUUUCCGCCAGAACGUCUCGCUCGCCGCCGCCCGGAUGGCGUACACGAUGCCCCGGCUGAGACACCUGACUAUCAAGCAGCGGCCUCUCAUGUGGGCGGGCAAGCACGAGCUCGAGUACAGGGUCAAGGAGGACAACGGAAAGCCGGCGAAGGCAACGCUCACCUGGACCAGCACGUUCGACUUUAAGCCGUGGGAGCGAACGGUCGAGGCGUGGACCGAGGUGGCGGCUCGGUACGACGGGUUAAAGCUCGAGCCUCGCGUCAAGACCGCGGCGUGGCAUACGGAUGGUAAAGCGCCCCUGCUCCCAUCUCUUACAUUUUGA